CUAAUAAAUCGAAAACCAAUGAACUGAAAUCAAACUGAAAUACCUAGUUAUGAAGUUGCCAAACCAAAAAAAAAAGAAAUAAAAUAUAACCUCAAAAGUUGUCAACCGAAGUUUGAAUUAAAAAUUGUAUUUUACAAAUUUGAAGAGGUUUUGUGUCACAUUACUACUGUAAAUGCAAGUUUGGGUCGUUAUUUCGUUGUAUUUCCAGAAAUUGUAAAAGUUACACAAUGGCUUUGCCUACAGAGAUGAGCGAAGCAGAUCAAAUGAAAACUUUCAAAGAGUUCCUGAUGCAGUACAAUAAGCUGUCAGAGUUAUGUUUCAAUGACUGCAUACAUGAUUUUACUGCCAGAUCUCUUAAGCCUUCAGAGGAUAAAUGUACCCUGAAUUGCAUGGAAAAGUACUUGCGGACAAACCAGCGAGUGUCACAACGGUUCCACGAGUUCCAAAUGAUUGCCAAUGAAAAUAUGAUCGCAUUGGCUCAAAAGUCUGGUAACCCAAGCUAGUUUACCUCCAUGUAGUACAAAUUGUAUUUAUUUAUUUUGUUAGAUGUUUUGUCAAGUCUAUUGGCAAAUAAAAUAUUGUUAAACAAA